AUGAGUUUAGUAGCACUGGCGACUGCAACAAGAGUCGACGAUGUUAUCAGACAGUUAUUUGAUCAAUACAUACAGAUACACCCCAUAAAUAACGAGUACUUGCUCGCAUCACCUGACGGCAGCACAAAGAGUCAUAUACAACAAUGGUUCAACCUACGCAACUUGCCCAUAGUUGGACGAUUUAUUCCCGAAAUUGAUGACAAGACGAAACUAAUUAAUGAACUACUUGAGUAUCAAAAAACAACAACCACGUAUCGAGAGUGGUAUACUAUUUCAUUGCGUUUAGAUGAAUUAUUGGGAAACAAUGCUUGGAAAUCUGACCCUCAAUCGGAUAUUUAUGACUAUAAUUUAAUCUACAAGCAUUUGAAUGCAAUGAAACAAGCACGAUUAGAUAACAACUACAAGUUAUUGUUGUAUUAUAUUCGCACUACAUGGGUACGAAAUUUAGGCAAUAUGGGUGAUUCAAAUUUGUACCGACAUUCGUAUGUUGGGACUAAGAAGUUGAUUGAAGAGUAUAUACAGGAAUGUCAAGUUUCAUUAAAUUACCUCGUUGAGGAACAUAAUGAUCACAUUGAUUUGGAUGAUCGGUACUUGUUAGGGAUGUUGAUACAAACGAGGAAAAAUAUAGGUCGAACAGCAUUGGUUUUAUCAGGUGGUAGUACAUUUGGAAUAUUUCAUAUUGGGGUAUUGGCUACUUUAUUUGAAGCUAAUUUAUUACCAAGAAUUAUUAGUGGUUCAUCGGCAGGAUCGAUAAUGGCUAGUAUUAUAUGCUCUCAUACCAAUGAGGAGACCAUUGAAUUGUUACAAACUAUAGCACAACGAGAAUUUAACAUAUUUGAUAUUACCGAUAAAGUAGAAAGUGCCAGCAAGUUCAAAAAAGUGCUUCUUUUCUUGGGUCAUUGGAUUAAAUAUGGUACUGUUUAUGAUAUUGAAGGGUUGCAAGAGACAAUGAUUGGUUUUCUUGGAGAAUUGACAUUUAGAGAAGCUUAUAAUCGUACGGGAAAGAUUUUAAACAUUACUGUUUCUCCAGCAUCAAUACAUGAACAAACAAGACUAUUGAAUUAUAUAACUGCUCCCAAUUGUUUAAUUUGGUCGGCUGUUUGCGCUAGCUGUUCAUUACCAGGCGUAUUUCCUUCUAGUUCCGUCUAUGAGAAAAACCCAAAGACAAAUGAAAUUCAUGAAUGGAAUAAUGAUGAAUCAAUGAAGUUUAUGGAUGGAUCAGUAGAUAAUGACUUGCCGAUAACUCGAUUACUGGAAAUGUUCAAUGUCGAUCAUAUAAUUGCGGUCCAGGUUAAUCCUCAUGUUGUUCCCGUUUUGAAAGUAUCGAUAAGUAGUGUUGGUGGUGAUGUCGAGAAUGAGUUAAGUUUCAAAUUGAAACAAAGUUUGAAUAAUGUUUAUGAUUUUGUCGUUUCUGAAGCCAUCCAUUAUUUACAGUUGCUUAAUGAAAUGGAUAUCUACAAAAACCUAGCCAACAAGACCGUUUCCUUACUAUCACAACGUUAUUCGGGAGAUAUCACUAUAUUGCCAGAAUAUAAAUGGCAAGAUUUCACCAAAAUCUUGCGUAACCCAAGUCACGAUUUUCUUUUGGAAUUCAUAUGUCGUGGUGCUAAAGCCUCAUGGCCAAAGAUGAGUUUAAUUGAAAACCAUUGUCGAGUUGAAUUUGCUCUUGAUAAAGCAAUAUCCAUUUUACGAGGUAGAAUAGUGACUUCAGGAAAUUAUCGUUUGACUAACUCACCUACGGCAAUGACCAGUGGAACAGUAAAAUCGAAUGCUAAAGCAAAUGGGAACGCUAAUGGAAGUUCAAUGGUGAUUUCUUUAGGAUCUCAAGGUAAUGGAAGUAGCACUAGAGUUGGAGCAGAUGCAGAUGUUGACACAGAUAGAGAUGCCGAUAUUGAUAUUGAUAUGGAUACGGAUACAGAUGCAGAUGCAUCAGUAGCAACAACCCCAUUAGCAACAGCAACGAGAACACCACCACGUGUAUUGAAAUCACUGGAGGAGAGACAAAUUAGACAAGGUAUACGUAAAUCGAAAUCAUCAAACUUGAUUAAUUCGGUAAGGUAUCAUAGGGAGAAGAACGGCGAUGGAACUAACAGUAGUGGUAAUAGUAAUGGUGGAGGGUAUACCCAUGAAGAAAGAGCCAAUUUACCAUCCAGAUCUAGGUCGUUAAAGAAUUCGUACAUCGGGUUGAAUCGUUUAAAUGAUGAUGAUUGA